AUGAUUCCUGCUGAAGAGGUAAUUGCAUUAGGAGAAAAAUGGAAGGUAAAAGAGGUAAUAGUGAGGAUGGUGGCAGAUUGCUUAUCAAAAAAUGUAAAAAUUUCUACUGUUUAUUAUGUUUGCAGCAUGAUAAACAACACCACCUGCUGCCUACUGAUCCAAUCAUUUGCCAGUACACGAAUAGAAUUGGCAAAACAUAAAACAAAAUUUGAAUGUGCCUUGAGUAAUGAAGUAAUAUUUCACCUUAUUUAUUUCAAUUUCGCAUAUCAAAGUAUUCAAAAAACAAGUUCAAUUAACACUUUAAUUCAAACAUUAUUUUGUUGUCAGUCGUCCCUAUUCCAUUCUGUCACAUUUUCCCUUCCAAAAGCCCCGCCAUCGUACACGUCCUGCAAAAGAUGCAUGAUCAGCAAAAACUCCACCCCAUUUGGUAUUGGACAGCAUCAUAUAGUCAAUCUGGCUAGAUGGGAGCCGAAACAUUCGUUUUUAUUUCAAAUUUUUUUAAGUUUCCAACAUGUUCUUGAUUGA